AUGAGGUCUCGACGCUCCAGUGUGGCGGCGCCUGAGUCGACCACCGCAGCCGAUGUCGCUGUGCCCAUCCAGGUCAACCUGCCUGGCCGCGCCACUGCCAGCAGCAGCGCCAACAGCAGCCAGGUCGAUCUCACCGGUCAGCAAAUCUAUCUCGCUGCCAACUCGCAGUCCGGCUCUACGUCGCCCAGCGGCGCCAUGUACGAGCUGCGAGCCAUCGCCCCUGGCGAAGCCGCCAUGCCUGGAGAGAUCGUCAAGGACGUCAAGACCGGCAAACACUACAAGAAGAGGCCCGUCACAAAGCCAGCCUACUCCUUAGGUCACACCGACGGCGCUCCCACCACCAGCGGCGCUGGCGUGCGCACCACCGGCCGCAUCGGCCUCGGCCAUGCCUUCCCCACCGAGGAGCAGAACAGGCAGUACAAGGCCGAUAAAGCAAUACGCAAGUCCAACAACGGUUCGGGCACCAGGUCGCCUUCCGUCGCAGGUGGCAGCGCCUCCGGCCACCGCACAUCCAUGGACGUCAACACCUUGGAGGGCCGCGCACAGCUCUUCUCGCAGCUCCGCGACUUGAUCCACCAGGAGUUCGAGCGCGCCAACCGCGGCCAGACCGAGGAGCUCAGGAAGCACGUGCAGCAGGCACACCUCGAGCAGCGCCAGCACUUUGAGGACCACAUCGAGGAUGUCAAGGAGGUCAUCUCCGACCUUCCCCAGGCAGACGAGGGCGCCGCCACCGAGGACACCGUGCUCAAGAAGAAGGAGCUCGAAGCCACCACAGAGACCGCCGUCAACACCGUCGACGACGCAAAGCUGAGCGACUCGGACUCCAAGGGCAGCGAAACCACCAUCGUCAAGGACCCCGAGCCCGCAGAGAGGGGCUACCGCGACGAAGAAGACGACAGCAGCGUCGAUGAGUACGAAUUCCCCAACAAGUGGGCUGCCAUGCGCUACAAGCUCCGCGAGCCGUUCGCAGAGUUCCUCGGAUGCUUCAUGCUCAUGGUCUUCGGCAACGGCAUCAACUGCCAGGUCACCGUAUCGUCGCUUUACGACCCGAGCGCUCCCAAGGGCGACUACCUCUCCAUCUCGUUUGGCUGGGGCGUCGGUGUCGCCAUGGGUGUCUGGGUCGCAGGUGGUAUUUCGGGUGGUAUGAUCAACCCAGCCGUCACCAUUGCGCUCGCCUGCUUCCGCAAGUUCCCCUGGAAGAAGGUGCCCGUCUACAUUGUCGCCCAGAUCCUCGGUUGUCUGGUGGGCUCGCUCUGCAUCUACGGCCUCUACGUCAACCCGAUCCGCCUCGUCGACCCGGACCAGACAGAAAAGACCGCGGCGCUCUUCACCACUUAUCCCGCCGAGUUCCUGCGUCAGCCGUCGACACGGAUGAGCUCGUUCUACAACGAAUUCUUUGCUUCCACUAUUCUGCUCAUCGUCAUCCUCGCGAUUGGUGACUCGAGCAAUACGCCUCCUCCCGACGGCAUGGCUCCCAUGGUGCUGCUCUGGUUGAUUUGGGGACUUGGCGCCUGUCUCGGCUGGCAGACUGCCUAUGCCGUUAACCCGGCGCGAGACCUGGGUCCGAGACUCAUGCUCUAUAUUGUCGGCUACUCGCCCGAUCUGCUCUGGACCUUCAAUGCGUGGUACUGGCUCUGGACGCCCAUCAUUGCCACCAUCGCAGGCGCGCUCAUGGGCUGCCUUGUGUACGACGUCAUGUGCUACACCGGUGGCGACUCGCCCAUCAACAGGAAGGCCAAGAGCCACGCACCCGCGUUCGGGCCCGGCUCCAAAGAAAAGAUGCCCGCGGCCAUCAGCCCGGCUUGA